AGUUAACAGCUGGCACUGGCAGUCUGCUGAGGUGAAUGGGGCAGUGAGGAAAAGCUGCAGUACUUGGGACGCCUCGGGGCAUUUUGUGUGUUUGGUUUUUGUCCGUAACAGUGUGCGUUAAACGGCUUCUUGCUUUGGACCUUGAAAAGCUACGAGACGCUGCUGAAGAGCAAAUCAAAACGGGCAAACGCUGCUGUCGUGGAAAAGCCGGCUUCUGUCUUAGGUGCCACGCAUUUUAGAAUGGAUUUCAACGGCUUAACUUUAAAAGGCAGCUAAAGGUGGAGCAAGAUUUGUUGAAUGUGUUUAAUCAUAGGAUUGAGAUCCUUGGAGUAACCACAGGAGCAAAAGAUGGGAAACACUAUGUGAAAGUGCAAGACUUCAGUGAAAUAAUUGCUGUCUGCUGCCAUGACAACCAGCCGCUGCAGCUUUCUGCCUGAGGUCCCGACACACUGCACUGACUCUGCUGCUCCAGGAAAGACAGUUGAAGAACCCAACUGCCUUGUGAAUGAACAGCCGCAGUAUGUCAUGCAAGUUUCAGCCAAGGAUGGACAACUGCUGUCGACAGUAGUCAGGACUCUUGUGACACAGAGCCCCUUCAAUGACAGACCAAUGUGCAGAAUAUGCCAUGAAGGCAGCUGUCAGGAAGACCUACUAUCACCCUGUGAGUGCACAGGCACAUUAGGGACCAUCCACCGUAGUUGCCUCGAACAUUGGCUGUCAGCCUCAAAUACUAGCUUCUGUGAGCUCUGCCAUUUCAAGUUUGCAGUGGAGCGUAAGCCAAGGCCACUAAUAGAGUGGUUACAAAACCCAGGUCCUCAGCAUGAAAAACGGACUCUGUUUGGAGAUAUGGUGUGCUUUCUUUUCAUAACCCCACUGGCAACCAUCUCAGGCUGGCUGUGUCUGCGUGGGGCUGUGGAUCACCUUCAUUUCAGCAGCAGACUGGAGGCUGUCGGACUUAUUGCACUGACUGUUGCACUCUUCACUAUUUACCUCUUUUGGACACUAGUUUCCUUUAGGUACCACUGUAGACUGUACAAUGAAUGGCGUCGGACCAACCAGAGAGUUGUUCUCCUGAUCCCAAAGUCAACUAGUACUCCUUGCACACAGCAGUCCUUACUUGGAUUACCCCCCAUCAAAAGAAAUUCCAAGGAGACCAUUGUCUGAUGACACAAACUCACCGAAAGUGGAUCAAUUCCAAAGACUCUUUGCAUAAUAAUUUAUGCAGAUUUGUUGUUCACUUUUGAACAAUAUUUUUAUAUACAAAACUGCUGCCAUAACUGAACUGUGAACUUUUAUACCAUUAUAUUCAUUAAAUCAUUGAGCCUUUGAAGAUGGGCAUAUAGAAGCUCAAAAAGAUUUAAAUCUACAGUCCCUGAACUGACUUUUUAUGCAAAUUCAACAGUGCUUUAUAGUAAAUGUUUUUGCUGCCUAAAAUUCAAAUAUAUAUAUAUUGUGUGUGUGUUGUUUAUGCUGGAAGUUAAUUCUCAUUAAAUCUCUGUUCCUCACUACAGCAAUGCAAUGCAAAACUGCUGCCACAUUUUGGAAGAAAAGUUUUAGCUGAAAUACUCAAACAUCUGAGAAUGACAUUAAAAAAAGGUGGGUGGGCUUGACUAUGCCUUUAAUAUGCAACACUUCCAGUGCUAUGAAAUUAAGCACAGCAAUUAACACUCAAGCCAGUGAGACAUGUUCCAGGCUCUGCUUGGGAUGCUCAGUCUGGUAGGCUUGCACAUUUUAUUGACAUUUUUCCACCUUUUUUCUGUUUUGUAAAUAUUAUAUGGAGCAUUUUUAUUUAGGAACAAGUUCUGUGGCAUUCUUGUUUGUAGUUAAAUGCAUUUUCUUUAAUUAAGAAACAGUUUUUAUACAAAGUUCAUUGUUUCCAUAGAAUAGUGAUAAAGGUGUCCACUUGUGAAAAACUGCAUCAGGACAUAGGCUCAAGGAGCACUGUCCAUCAACACUGUGCAUCCGUUCAUGUAUGAUAUAUUGCAGUUGAUCAAUAUAUAUAUUUGAUUCAGCACCCAUCAAAGAACACACUUUUAACAUAGUAUCUUGCAGGUCAAGUUAGGAAGAUAAACUACAACACAAAUCAUUUGGCACACUAUAAACAACACAGAAACAAACAUCAUGUGGUAAAUAAUUGAACUUUCAGGAACUUAAAGACUUGAUUUAAUUUUGAAAAAAUUAGGUGAAUAGCAUUGACAAACCUAUUACAAUGUGUAGUGGACAAGAAAGUGAAACACAAGUGUAUAUCAAUUAUAUGCAAAUCAUACGUCACUUAUGCAUAUGAUGUACAUAUGUAAAUGACAUGCCAGCAUGGCUGGUGUCCAUGCUUAAAAAUGUUUAAGAGUAGAAACAUAAGUAGCUUCUAAAGAGAGGUGAUGCUUCACCAAUAUCUGGCAGAGGCUUAGCUGAGCCAUGAAUGAUGGCUUAGUGUAACAUGUGAAGGAAGAAACCCAAAGAGAAAGAACAGGUGGAAAUGCAUAUUCUAAAAUUGUAAUACCAUUUUAAUUUUGGAUUGAAAGUGAUAUGCUGGUUAGGUGAGUUAGCACUGCUAAUUUAGCCCUAGUGUGUGUGAGUGCGUUCACUUUUGGUUCCUGCCUUUCACCGAAUGAAUGCUGAGAUAGGCUGCAGCUGCCCUGAAACCCUGCCCUGGAUAAGCAGGUUAAGAAAAUGCAUGCAUGAACGGGUAGAUGAAUAAGAAAACCAUCAUAGAUCCUCAGAGCUUCAUUAGGUGUGAACUAUGCAGAAUAGAGAUGCCAAAGUCAAGUUGUCAUGCUCAGAUCACUUAACAUUGAAGGUUUGAAAAUAUUCCAUAUUCAGUGGCUGAAGAAGUGAGGCAUAAGAUCAAGAUCAGUCAUUCUUCAUGUUGAUUUCACCAAAGAUAUUUACGUAUUCUUGAAUGAUGAUACCAGUACUUAGCUGGGUGAUGUGGUGCAUAUUUUUUUGACUAUAUUUAUUGCCGUAGAUGGCAGGUCAACAUCUGGCUGUGUCUGAGUGAUUCAGUUGUCUCUUUUACAGUGAUAGUUCCUCAUUGCGUAAUUAUUUUCAAGCACAACACACGCACUGACAUUACCCAUUUUCCAUUAUCCUGUCUGUUGUCAAAUUUGAACCUCUCAUUGCUCAUUUACUGGAACACCAUUUGAGCACCACAUUAGUUGAGAAGAAUUUCUCAUGGGCAAAAUCAGUACUGUUCUUCUUAAAUAAUUCUGGAAUGCUGCUAAAUUUGUGUAAACGUAAAGUGAUUUGACAGUGGGGUUUCAAUUUUCCUGCUAUACACACAAACAUAUUCUGUUUUGUGUUUAACAUCAUUAGAAACCCUGACCCUCAUUCCAUAUGUCAAAUUCUAUUCUCAUUUUAAGUGCCCAUCACUUGACAUUUAGAUUAAUUUUUCAAUAAAUCCAAUUCCAGCUAAAAGUGUACACUGUAACUGUAAAAACACAACUUGAAAUCAAAUAUGGAACUAGAAAGCAUAAAAGCUUGUGUAUUGUAUUAUGGUUACAUCCAUUUUUUUUUUACUUAAGAACACUUUUAUACAAAAAAUCUCAGUGUUUGUAAAGAAAGUGAUCAAGGCUUGAAUUUUGUGAAAAAUGGCAUUGAAAUAUGGGUUCAAAAUGUUAACUAAUAAUAACAUAUUCCAUAAAACCAAAAUGGAAGAAUUUCCUUUGUUAAAUUGAUUAAUAGUUGAUUAAUAUUUUAUGUGUUUUAAAAUUUAACUAAUUUUUGUCUUAUUUAGACUAAUUUUUAUUUCCACACAUUUAUUAGUUUAUUAAUGUGAAAGCUUUCAACCAAGCAUUCACAUUAAUAAAAGGACAAUAUCUAUGUGUCCAGUUGGUAAGGUUAGAAAGAAAAAGUUACAAAGAAAAUUUGGUAGUGACUUUUUAGCACAUACUCAGGCCACAUGAACAAAGUUUAAGGCUGCAAUACUAAUGACUAAUAAAUCGAUGAGGUCAUCAAGAAAUCAAAGGCCCCCACACAACUAGGCAAAGCAGGCCAAUUGCGAAAAACACUUUGGCUAUAACAGUGGUUAGUUUUGACCUGCAAUGCCAACAGGCAGUUCUGUCUGAACAGGUAAAGGCUAACGCGAGAGAAAGGGACUAGGCACAUAUUAUUUAUACCACACCAAAUGGACCACCCAUGUAUCAAUAAAAAAAAAGAUGCCUGCGUUGAUUCCUUAAAUUUCAACCUGUCUUGGACCUCUUGUAACUGAGGCAGAAAAGUGAAUUCUUUUAACUUGUGUAAAACAAGACAAGAGGUCAAGAUAAAGGUUUGGGGAGUCUCCACAACAAUCCUCAUUUAAUGCAUGGUAAAAUCAAAAUAAUCAAUAAUUGGGGAAAAAAAUAAAUAGGCAUGGGCUGUUAGGGUCCUUCGAGCAGUCAGUUGCACCUGUAGAGGAGCUAUGUUUCUCGCAGUGGCAGGUUCUCAAUGAACGCCGACUUUCUGGUUGUCUCGUCUUUACAUAUUGGAAAAGGCCGGGCUUCCAGGCUUAAACAGGAAGUGACGCAAGUGCUGUCUACAGGUAAAAAGACAGGAAGAGUCUAGUCUGCAAAUGCACCCUCUUGGUUGGGAGUAUGUAUAACAUUCUAUUCGACACCAGCUGCUUUUCAAUACAUUUGUCACUUUAUUCACAUAUUUCUGGCCAAAUAUGGCUAUACUGUACAAAACCUUUUUAAACUUUAUAUAUUGGUAGAACAGUGGUUAGCAAUUUUGUGCUUCAUGGAUACGUCGUCCACAACCUCAUUGUCUGUGAGGUGUUUGGAAAUUCCUCUGUAAAUCAGAGUAACUUGGCCUUUCCAGAUUUUGCCCUGUGAUGGACUGGUACUGCCUCUAGGGCUGGUUCUUGCCUUGCUUCUAGUGCUGGCAGUAUAACGUUUGACUCUCCCAUGACCUUGAAUGGCCUCAUGUGGAUCUAAGACAUGUAGUUAGGGUAGAUUCAACCAUUCAAAGUCACUCGUCUGGACACAGCUGGCCACCAAUAUGAGAGACAACUGCUAGAUGGUAUUAGCAACAGACCAGGAGUUGUGUAGGGUUUUUGAGACAGAAACUAGAACAAACAAGUUUGUAAAUAGACUGUGGAUUGCUAUCAAAAACCAGAGGGCUUAAUCAUUUUUAAUUCCAAACAAGAAUUGUCAGGAGUCAAUAAUAGGAGCAUUUUAUUUCAACUGAAGCCGAAAUGUUAAAACUGAAAAGCUAUGAGACAUUACUAGAGAAUCAGAAACAAGAACAUGAAACCAAUGCUUGUUUACAGUUCAAAUCCAUAAUCCUGGACAAAAGACUAAUGAUGCUAUACUGGAAUUUCUAAGAACGUUUUUGUAAUGCAAGUCAUGGUGCCUCAUGGGAAACAUCCUCUCCCCUCCCAAACCCCCAGUCCCCCCAAACCUUCUUCGUUUGACUUCUCCCAUUACGGGUCGCCACAGCGGAUCAUCUGUUUCCAUAUACUCCUGUCCUUUCUCACCACAUUCAUAAGCCUCUUCUUGGGCCUUCCUCUUUUCCUCUUACCUGGCAACUGCAUCCUUUUCCCAAUAUACCCAGCAUCUCUGCUCUGCACAUGUCCAAACCAGUGUAAUCUUGCCUCUCAGGCUUUGUCUCCAAACCAUCCAACCUGAGCUGACCCUCUAAUGUACUUGUUCCUAAUGCUGUCCAUCCUUAUCAUACCCAGUGUAAAUCUUAACUUCUUUAACUCUGCCACCUCCAGCUUUGUCUCCUGUCGUUUUGUCAGUGCCACCAUCAGGAUAACCCCUACCACAUUUCUCCUCCCAUCCACACCAAAGUAGAACAAUAUGAACCUGCCUCUGAUACACCUGGCCUUACUGGAACUACCCAAUGACAUUUAGCACGGUGCACUUAAUAAAAAAAAAAAUGUACAUUUUUCUCAGACAAAGAUGUUAAAUAAAAACACACACAUGAGAAUCAAGCUUGUAAAUUGGAUUUUCAAAAUUGUAAAGUCACAUGAACAAAAAAAAAUGAUUUGAGGAAAAAACAUCUACUAAUAACACAAUUCAUAAUGGAGGUUGUGUGUGUUAACUUCAUAUAAAAGUUCAACCACAUUUUGCAAUUUGAAAGAGGUUCUAGUAUUUUCAUAUUAUAAAGUAUAUGAAAUAUUACUGUUGGAUAAGAGUAUGGGAAAUUCUUGAUGUAAUACAUACAGUAGGUAAUAUAGGAGUCAUCAGGCUUGCUCCUGGAACUCCCAUCUGUAAAGUUUGUAACUGUUUUUCCAUGUUAUUCAUUAAAUGCAAGAAAUGUCAAUACACAUUGGAGGGGUGGCUAUCAGAUUUCAGAUGUUAAUAUUUCAAACCAAUUUCCAGAAAAGUGUUAAUGUUUAGAAGUUGCUAAUCUCUUCAUUCAAGGCGUUAGUUGGUUAGUUAUUGUUUUUUUUUUUUUUUUUGUCUUUUUUUUAAACUCGAUUACUUAAUACUUGGAACCUGUUAACACCAUUAGUCUGAGCUCUGAUCUCAGGAUAAAUGUCCUCUGGAGCGAGGCUUCUCACUUGUUACUUUCAUCUUUCCAGACAGGCUGUUUUCUUAAAGAUGUGUGGAGCUUUUUUUCUAUAUGUUCCUUAUCGCGUUUCACUUUGUGUUAUGUACAGUCAAACACAGUACAUAUUGUUGUCCGAUAUCCUGCAAUGUAAAAUGAUCUCAUCCAUAGUGACUCACUGAUAUUUGCUCAUUCGUUGAUGAGGGGUCUUACCUUUCAGAGUUUGUACUUCCCUAUCUGCUGAUAAUCGAGGAUACCAUCUAACAAAUGUUUAUGGAUCAAGCACAAAGAGGUGACUCCACAUUCCAUAUUCAAUAACAUUGUUCAUUUUUCUCUCCAAGUCACCUGUUAAUGAUGUAGCAUCCAAAAAUUAUUUGUCGUGUGAAAUCCCAUAAACAUCAGCUUUUUGGCGAAAUUAAUUGUGCAUUGUGAAUGUAUAAAUAAAGAAGUGAUCC